AGGAAGCUGUGUGACGUAACUAAAAUCUCAAAGAUGGCGGCGUUAGCUGCACCCCGUCUGGCUAUGUUUGGCUGCUUCUCAACCAGGCCUUUAUCAGCGUUUGCUGUCCAGCAGAAGAGUUUGCAUUGCGCAGCAAAAAUAGAGAAUACCACAAGUGUGGUUCCAGUAAGAGAGAAGAGCACAGCGGUGGCAGCAGCCAAACCAGCAGCUGUAGCCAGCAGCAAGGGGGAGUAUGUUAUCACUAAGCUUGAUGACUUGGUGAACUGGGCACGCAGGAGCUCUCUGUGGCCUAUGACCUUUGGCCUGGCAUGCUGUGCGGUGGAGAUGAUGCACAUGGCGGCCCCUCGUUACGACAUGGACCGUUUCGGAGUGGUGUUCAGAGCAAGUCCCCGACAGUCUGAUGUCAUGAUUGUGGCAGGAACGCUGACCAAUAAGAUGGCUCCGGCUCUACGCAAGGUGUACGACCAGAUGCCUGAGCCCAGAUACGUCAUCUCUAUGGGCAGUUGUGCCAAUGGAGGUGGCUACUAUCACUACUCCUACGCCGUUGUCAGGGGCUGCGACAGAAUCGUACCAGUGGACAUUUAUGUUCCAGGUUGUCCCCCCACCGCAGAGGCUCUCCUGUACGGGACUCUGCAGCUUCAGAAGAAAAUCAAGCGCGAGAAGAAGAUGAGGAUCUGGUAUAGGAAGUGAAUGUGUAUAUGUGUAUCUGCUAUGUAAAUCUUGUAUUUCUGGUUUUAUUUGGAGCACUGCUCCUCCUCAAUAUAGAGCUUCAGUAACCAACUUCAAUAAAAUCAUUGUGGUCAUCAUGUUCGCACAUAUUAUUAUUAUGCUGCUUACUUUCAACCAAACACAGGAGUUGUCACUUAGUUCAUUGUUUCUGCUCCUUCAAUUCAGUUUGAACAUCUGGAGAUGUGCUGUAAGUGGAAACAUGGAGAAAUAACAUAACUUUGAUUUAAGUAGCCAUGUGCAUAUUUAUUCUUCCUAUCAACCUCAAUACUUCAUUAGGGUAAGGGGGAAGUGUUAUCCUGUAUUAUCUUCAAUAUUUUUCAAUAAACUGAGCUCAUGAAAGUA